UGUCCCUGUCCCUCCUCACCCGUGGGCUGGUGACCUCCACAUGCAGGGGGGCAGCAGAGAUUCCUGGAAUGUUAGAGACAACUAGACAAGCUGAAGUUGUGUAACAACAAGCAGUGUAGGCUGACCUAGAAGGAUGGGUGGAGCCAGCUCUGUGAUAUCCAACUAUAAGUGUGCUCUAACAGGACCUCUCAGCACUGAGGCAAGCACCUGUGGCUGAGUGUGGACUGCUGGGAUUGCUUUGAACACCUUGAAGCUUCUUGACUUUAAAGAAGAGAGAAAUCUGAUAGACAAAACAAAGAACAAUGGCUCUUUACAGUAUCAUCUUCUUCUCUGUUAGCUGCUCUACAGUUCUGCAUGAAGGGUUAGGCCUGCCUGUGAUGGGACAGUCAGAUGCCAGUAACCUGGAGCCGUCACACCGAGUGCGGACCAAACGAUGCUCCUGCAACAACCAGCUGGACUCAGAGUGCCACUACUUCUGCCAUCUGGACAUCAUCUGGGUGAAUACUCCAAGUAAGACAACUGUAUAUGGGCUGGGCAGCCCAAUCGCUCGACGGCGAAGAUCCACAGACCGCUGCCUGUGUGCCAACCCUGCUGACCAAACCUGCAACAGCUUUUGUGCUCACAGCUCAGAGGAUGCUUCUCCCUUACUGAAGAUUGAACCUGAUUCAGCGCAGGACAAUUCAUCACAUCUCAAACCAGACCUCCAGGCUGCCUUGGAAGAUAUUGAUCCAGUGGUGGUAAUUGAAGGGACUGAGGAUGGCCCUUGUGCAGAUGUUCUGACAUUCCUCAGGAGCCUAAUGAGAGCUAAAUUCAGAGCCAUGAAGAGGGAUGCGCGUCCUGGGAAAAGGGGUGCCAGGGUCCAUAAACAUGGAUUCAGAUAAACCCAGUCUGAAAACAGCACUGUGGAGCGCGAGCAUCUGAACAAAUGGCAACCCUCAUGUACUGUGGGCUGGCAGAACAAACAAGUGUGCCCUGUUGGAAAAGGCACACUCAGUGGGAACAGAAAGGCUUACAAAGGCAGUGGUAGUGGUCACUGAAGUUGUAAUGAAGCCUUUGAUUCACGUUGGCUAGUAUGGGAAGAGGAAGUAAAAACGAAGAAGUUAAAGGUUUUAGUGGAUAAAAUGGCUUUGCUUUACUUAAGGCAUUAUAGAAGCUGAAAGAAGUAACAAUGCAGGGACAAUUGUACUGGAACAUUUAGGCUACGUUCACAUUACAAGCCACAUUUCUCAAAUCAGAUUUUUUGCUCUUGAUGGUCCACAUUCACAAAUGUAAGUGAUCUGUAUCUGUGUGUAAUGUGAAUGAAUGCCUCACGUGCACACUGAUUUGUGUAUAAACCUCGCCUUCUUCACCAACAACAAAAAAACAUCAAAUUUAAGAGACGUCUUUAUAAAGGGAAAUAAAUGCGUUAGCAGCUCAUAUGUGGAGCAUCUUUUGCUCGAAGUACAUGUUCAGGUCGAAGAGGUGAAAAAAGGCCAGGCUGUUUGCUUUUGCUGUUUUUGCAGCUAUAGCUUCACAGCUGCACCAAGAGAUGUGUGGAUAUAAGAGAGACGCGUGUAGCGCAUGCGUAAAAGCAAAGAGACGCAUGAUUUGAGAUCUGAUUUAAAAAUACAUUGUUCACACAGCCAUAAAAAAUUGGAUCUGAGCCUGAGAUUUGAGUCACUUCAGCCUGGUAAUGUGAACGUAGCCUUUGUUUAAAUAGUUGGACACCAGCAGGAGUGUUGACAAAAAAAGCUAUAUUGACAGUGACUGAUGUGAGAAGGAAAAGGAAAGAAAUUAUGUUAGCUGAAGUUCAGUAGAGGGUGUAUUUUGGCUUUUGGAAGGAACAAAGUGUACUGUAUUGUUAUAUUACUUUUGCCUAUGGUAUGCAGGUUAGCUUAUCAGUCAUUUUGACAGUGGGGAAUGUGUAACAUUUCUGUUUGGAAGAACCAAAAAUUUGAGAGAUAAAGUUAGUGCAAGUAUAACGUGUCUGUCAGCCAAAAACUUUUUGUGGCUGUGGCCCUACUCCCUCUUUAGUAUUGCACUGAAUAGGGAGAGACGAUUUAGUUGACCAAGUAGCACUAAAAGCAUGAGUGAAUUUGGACAUUUCUUCAUUAUCAACAUGUGUAAACAUAGUCAGAAUAAAAGCGUAAGUGUCUGAGCCGUGUUUAAAGCUCUGUGCACACCUGAGACUCCUAACUAAUACGGGUUUAUAUGAGCAAACACAGUCGGAAUUGUGAGAAUUUAUAUUUUCCUCAAAAUCACAUUUAAAUUCCACUUUUUGAUUUUUGGAGCAUUUCUAUUGAUCCAGUCACCAAAAAAUUUGGAAACAGUUUAAAUAUCUGCCAGAUUUACAUUAUGUCAAAAAGUGAACAGCAGCAAAAAGGUAUUUUGAUACAGUCUACAUUUGUGUUAUCACUGAAAAACAUUAAAAAAAAAAAACCUAUAAAGCCUGUAUGGUGUCUUGAAGAUUGAGGUGAGCAUUGUUUUCAAUACACGUUUGUAAUGUAGAUUAGAUGUUUGUUACUUGUCAUAACAACAGUUUAUAAUAGGAGUCUGGUUGGCCAAAAACUCUUUCCUAGCCAUAGCCCCGAAGUCAAACGUUGAUUGGUUUUUAAUCACUUAGUAAGUGAACAGCAGUGAACGUAUUGUUAGACUGUUUGCAGUGCAGAGCUUGCAGGAAAAGACAAUUGAGAAUUGGCAUGAAAUGACUCAUGAGGGAGUUAGACUGGAUGGUCAUAGGAAAGUUAUGCCUGGAAAGUGCAGCAAUUGUCUUGGAAGAGCUUUGUGUGAGAUGUUUGCAUUGUGUUUACUUAUUGUGGGUCAUGAAGUUCACAGUAUAUUAGCUGGCAUCAAAUUAGCCAAUAUAAUAACAUAUAUCGUUUGGAAUAAUUUACUUAACAUAUUCAGUCAUUUAUUUCAAUAUUUAUUUUAAUUAUUUAUAUCUGCACAUUUAAUGUCUGAAGGAAGUAGUAAAUGCAUUUAAUCAAUAUAGCUACAGUGAUUUUGCAUGAAUUUAAAAAUAAAUUAUUACAGUGUGUGACUACAUGAUUGAUUCCUGUUUUAUUUAUAUUGUUAUAGUCUAAAUUGACCAGUCACUGUUUCAUAUUUGUAGUGACUGAAUGUAAUAGGUUUCUUUUCACCUGUCUGUAUGCUAAUAAUUCGAUAUAAAAUCAAAUAGUCUGUUAGCCUGGUCUCUAAAUUAAAGGUAAUAAUUACAACUAACCUAACACAAGUGGAAUUUUUACCUCAGCCAUUAAACAUAAUUGAAAGAAAUAAGUGAUUCUAACUUUAUUCUGAAUAAGGUUUUACUAUAGUCAACAAUCAAUAAGCAUCAACACUCAGUUUUUAUUAAUAAAUUUAGUAAAUUAUAGAUUUAAACAGUCGGUGUGCUGAUGAAAGAACAGUACACUUUAAAGAGCUUUUUCAAAGAGCUGAUUUCAGGGUUGAGUCUAUUUU